UAUCGAUCUCCAACAAGCGAGCUUUCUUUCGGUAACUUUAAGCGCGACCCCUUCUAUUACUUGUGGGCAGAGAAACUUUCAUCAUCCAUGGUGAGAGAUCAGGUGGACUGCGGUUUUCUUUGUGUUGGUGAACCAAAUUGUUAUUCGUUCAACAUGGCAGCGUAUCCUGACUCUAAAGGUCUUUAUCUGUGUGAGUUGUUGGCCACACACAAGUACACAGAAACUGACAAGUUCCAUGCAAAUGCUUCCUUCCAUCACUACGGUCCGUUGGUAAGAUUUCUCUAUAUGUUUGGUGAUAAACACUCUUUGUAGUUCUUUGAAUACAAACUGAAUGAUUCAAGGAAUGUUUACUUUGUUUCUAGCCUCCGUAUGUAAGCGCUCCAUGUAAGAACGGUGGUGUCUGUGUUCCUGAAUAUAAAUGGAGCUCCUUUCAUUGUGACUGUAGACCAGGAUUCUGCGGAACUCACUGCGAAAGGGGAGGUAUUGAAUCUGUCCUACUUUCUGUUGCAUGAAGAACUGAAAAAAAAAACUCAUACUGUUAUUUUCAAUCAUCUGUUAUAAAUUGGUGGUUUACCUAUGUUUAACCUUGUGCUAUAAAAUUAAAUACAUUCGAAUUAGUCUAUUUUACUGCUUUCCCGAUAAACAUACCUUAGUUUGUUUUUCCUUUAAAGUGCCUAUGAAGAUAAUUUUUUUGGUGUAAAAUUUUAGCUUAUCAUAUGUUCAAACCAAUUCCGAUAGAAGAAAAAUUUCAAAUAACUUCAAACUCGGUUUUUCGGCCUUAAAGUGCUCUUGUUUUGUUUUAAAAGUGUUCCAUGGACUGGUAACAAAUGAGCGGGUUAUGACGUAGAAAACUGUAAAAACUCUCUAUUGCACAAAUCCCUCACUUCUCCUGUAAUUUUGUAUCAGUCAGCGUUGAAAUACUCUUGAAAUAAUUUCCGAUAGCGAUGUAUACCUACCUUCACCAAACUCUACCGAGAGUUGAUACAUCGUACCCAAUUAGUAAAGAAAAAAUUGGAGGUUGCGAGUACGGUUCAGCCUUACGAAAGAGAACCACGUGCAUGAAACGAAGAUUUAGACGCAGACUGACAAAGGUUUCUCGCCUGCAGUGUUUAGGUCAAGAUAAGAACAAAAAACUCCCGUUACUAAAUGUUUAGUUGUUGCGUUUGGCGUUCUGUUUUAUGGCGAAAUCCAUGUUAAAAAAUGUGUAGCUGUGUUCGUUUCUGUUGCCAUAAAAUUUUAUUCCUUCGCACUAAGUGGGGCAAAGGUUCUCCUUGCUCAGUGCUCUAGUUUUUCGUCGCUGUAGAGUAAUUCCCUUAGCAAACCAGAAGCUACUUUUACGAAAGAACCAGCUGUAUCAUGAGGAACGAUGACUUUUCGCCAAGAAGUCAUCGGGCAGUUUCACUGCAAGUCGCUCCUUCCCUUAGAGAUUGCAAAGGCAGAGGAUAUCGUCGUCGAGCCGAUCAAAAGGAAAAAAGAGUUAGUUUAUAGAGAUUCAAGUCAAUCUCAAGUAGGGAUUUUAAUAGACAAAAACUCCUUUAGUUUAAGUGCAGCAUUGCCACAUGACCCAUUUCGCUCAAUGGCAAAUAACUGACAUCAGUGUUGUAAAUUAAUAUUUCGUAUGCAUCGACUUUCGAACACCACUUGGAUUCGCUACCAUCUAAUUCAAUAAUAUUUGUGUUUAUUUAUUUAUCUCGUCAGAAACCUAGGUUAGGAGAAUACACAACCCCUUCGAGCUUGUGUUUAUGCCAGUAUCCGCCAGAGGUUUCUCAUUGCUCAGGCAACAGAGUAUCGGUCAGCUCAGGAAAGGGCUUGAACUUGAUUACAAAUUAUGUAUUCCUGUUAUUGUAACACGAUGGAAACUACAAUUAUUAGGAUUUUCAAACGAUUAGAAAAGCGUAAAUGUAGUCAUGUGGAAAGACAAGGAGUAUGAGUACAUCUCAAGCACGUGAAUAAAAAAACAAUAAGGAGCUUACCAUUCUUUGCUUGCAGCCGAAAAGAAUGUUGAACAAUCGUGUGCGGUGUGGGAACAGGCAUUCUUUUUAGCUGAAUUUAUGGUUAUCUUCCCCUGAUUUAACAAGUGGUAUGUGUUCGUAACAGCCGUUUUCGAAGCCGGUUCGGAGCAUAAGGCCGACGACAUUGAAUAGUAAAAUCUCCUCGAUGUCGACGAUCGAUCGUGUAUAGAAAUACCCGGUAUAUAUGUAUUAUUCUUGUAGCAAACAUCUUUUAGCACUCCAGCGACGCAAUGCGUUCGUCCUUUCUUCUAGAUUUCUCCUUUAUUUACCAUAGUUACUGACGUGUCUUCACAGUUUUCUACGUCAUAACUAUGUAACGUGAUCGUUUUGGCCGCGCGCUUAAUGAGAACACUUUUUGGCCGACAAAUCGUAAUUUCAAAGCGCAGAAAAAUGGUCAAGGAGAACUUGCUAGGCGCAAAGGUCGAUUAUUUAUACUUUUAAACACAGCUAUCAGAAAAUGCAAAAAAUAAAAUUUCUUGUACAUGUCAUAGGCACUCUAUCUUAAUCUUUUACUUCUAAAUUUCUAAUGUUCUUCGUUAUUUGUUUUUUAGGAAAGGAAAUCGAACUUGCAGUGACAUCAAGUACUGCAAUCCUGAGACUAAAAGUGGCUCUUAUGUCAUCGACCCUGAUGGAGAGGGUGGAGUGAAACCAUUUAAAGUCUUCUGUGACAUGACUGACAAGGACGGGAUAGGAGUGACAGUUAUCAGUCACGACAGUGAAAGUAGAACUUUGGUGGAUGGGUUUGAUGACCGUGGUAGUUAUUCGCGCAGUGUUACUUAUAAUGAAACCAGUCUAAUUCAGCUAGCAAGCUUAACAGCUUCAUCUUCUCACUGUGAGCAGUUUAUCAAAUACGAAUGCUAUGAUUCAGUGCUCCUUUCCAAUGGUGACAUGUUCGGCUGGUGGGUAACACGUGAUGACGAGAAGAUGGAGUACUGGGGUGGAGUCAACUCUGUUCCAUUCAAAUGUGCAUGCGGUUUAAAUAACACGUGCGUGGACACCAGUUACGGCUGCAACUGUGAUAAGAAUGAUUGGAAUUGGCGAGAGGAUAGCGGUUUACUAACAGACAAGUCCAAGCUUCCCGUGAUUCAAUUGAGGUUUGGAGAUACUGGUGUUAAUGAAACAGGAUAUCACACGCUUGGAAAACUGGAGUGUUAUGGACUCAUCUAG